CCUGGGGGCGUGGUCUGGAAGAACCUGGUGCGCCUUCUGCGGGUAAGGGUUCCCCAUGCUUCGGGCCUUGGUCUCAGAGGGACGGGAACGCGUUCAUGCCUGAGCGUCAGCGUCUCUGCGCGCCCAGCGGGCGAAGCCUAUGCCCUCACCCCGCUCUCGUGUUCAUUUUCUCAGUUGCACACCGUGUCGCAUGGAAAAGAACCUGCGUGGCGAAGCUAGACCUCCCCCUCUGUGCUUCCGCUUUGGUGUAGCCAGCCUCCGGGCCGGAAGCGGCGUGCUUACGCCGUGGUACGGACGAUGGGGGCCUGCGAGGCUCAGUUCGAGAGCCGGGAAAAGUUCGCCUGCUUUCGUCGUAGAAAUGCAUGUUUACAAAGCUGUAAAACGUCUGACAAGGUCAAAGCUGCAGGAAAAUGGACAGUGAGGUACAGAGGGAUGGAAGGAUUUUGGACCUGAUUGAUGAUGCUUGGCGAGAAGACAAGCUGCCCUAUGAAGAUGUCGCGAUACCACUGAAUGAACUUCCUGAACCUGAACAAGACAACGGUGGCACCACAGAAUCUGUGAAAGAACAAGAAAUGAAGUGGACAGACUUGGCCUUACAGUAUCUCCAUGAGAAUGUUCCCCCCAUUGGAAACUAGGCUCCUUCUUGAGGAUGGAUUUUUCAGAAAAAUGUAGAUAAAAAAUAUUUUCUUUCA